GUGAGCCGAUGUCUGUGAUCAAGAAUCCUUUAAAUUUUGGAAAAGAAUCUAUUAACGAAAUAACCAAAUUAGAACAUCAAAAAGUAAGUCCAUCAGCCGGAAGCACCACUGAAUUCAAUGCCAAUGCAAUCGAGAGACUUAACUUUCUUCUGCAAGAUCGUGUCUCCAAGCCUGAACUAGAACACUCUACUGAAGACGACAUGGAUGACUCAAAAAGAGAAAAACUUUUUGAUUUAUUAGUAGUUCAAUUAAAAUCUCUGUGUUGCAAAAGUAACAAAAAUAAACGGUUUAAAAUAGACCACGAUAAACCGUUCGUUAAAAAGGCAGAGAGCCAUACGGGGUUACCAAAUGAGCACAUGUUUCUCAUAUUGAAUGACGAAGUAAAUACAAACGCCACUGAUGAGAUUAUAUCUGUUGAUCCUGAUAGUUUACAGAAGAACAGCAGUGUCUUGUUAUUAGGUCCUAUAAAAUCGCCGUUAUCGGACAGUCAGCUUCAAGUUGUGAUGAAUCGAAUUUCUAACGAACUGAAGAAGCCUGACUACGUUCCAAUUUUAAAUCAAUUAGCAAGUGGUCAAUUUACUGAUAAUAAUAAUAAUUUUAAAUUGCUAAAACAUUUAGUGGCUGGACCUCAGACGAGGAGAUAUAUCAAACCCCACCGAUGCAACGGCCAGUCCAUGAUGACGAAGGUGUAUGGCGGACCUAAAUGGCUUAUCUGUACCGGAUACUUAGAUUUAAAUACACCUAGUAUAUACGAUUAGUUACAAACACGGGAUCUCGAUGAAUUUACAACCGAUUUACCAUAUAAAUAUUGUAUAAAAUUAUACCUAAAUCCUAUUACGGACAACCAAAAUCAAUUUAUUUUUGAAAACCCGUUUGUAAUAUCACCGUCUACGUUUCAAUGCUCCCGCAUGCGAGCAACCCCUUUUCGUUACACAUAUUUUUAACUAACGAGAUUUAUAACUGGUGCAAAGAUUAUUUGGUUCAACAAUAUGGUCUAAUGGUCAUGUGCUGCAUAGAGAAAAUAAACUACGAAUGUGCUGCUGUGAUGAUGAUGAUGAUCUAAAUAAUGUUCUUCAGAAUA